UCAGCCCAACUGUGUGCAAGGGCCCAUAGGCGGUGUCACCACAGUGCUGCAGUAGCACCGAUGGCGGCGGCGUGGGAUGGUUUACCGGCGAGGCCGCGGCGGCGGCGGCGCACGCCACUACGCCAGCAAGAAGCAAGCGAGGGCCGGGUGGCGGCUGGAGAGGGAUGACCUCUACUCCGGCGCGGUCCCGGCCUGGUUAUGGUCUCAUGGACGCGCGCAACCAGCGCCUGCGGACGCUUCCCGUCGCUGAUUGCCAGUUUCUAAACCUGCCAAAUGGACCAGCUGGAAUAUUGUUGCAAGCUUUGGGUGGUUUGAAAAGGUCCAGGCUACCAUGUAGAAAACAAGGCCUUGCUGGCCGGCUCCAUUGCAAAAGCUUUUGGUUUCGUUCUGUUCAAUUCUCCUACCAAAUGUAGUUGUCCUCCCAAACACCAACAGUGGCAGCAGCAAUGAGUUCUCACCACUUUGUAAUCAUGGUGUUUAGCUUCUGCUCCUUACUGUUUUCCAUUCAUGUCCCUUUUGCUACCUCACUCUCCUUCAGCUUCAACUUCUCCGAUCCCGGCUCCUACUGCGCCCCAGAUGCGGAUAUUGCCUGCGCUGGUGAUGCCUUCUUCCACGCCCCUUUCAUGGAGCUGACCAUGAACGAUAUCAGUGAAGGCAACAACCACAGCAUCGGUCGCGUAUGGUACGCGCAGCCGGUGCCGCUCUGGGACAAGGCCACCGGUGAGGUGGCCAGCUUUAACACUUCUUUCUCCUUCCAAAUUAGGCCGGUCAACACGGAUUACAGCGCCGAUGGGAUGGCCUUCUUCCUUGGGCACUACCCGUCGGGCAUCCCUCUGGGGAGCUAUGGUGGGAAUCUGGGACUUUUCAAUGGCAGGAACAACAAGAAUGCAACCGGUAGUGACCGUAUUGUGGCGGUCGAGUUUGACACCUUCAGGAACCUGCGAGUGGACGACGAUGACAACCAUGUCGGUAUCGAUGUCAACUCCAUUGUUUCGGUUGUGUCGACCUCACCUGAUAAGAAACUUACACUAGGUACCACAAUGACCGCGGAGAUCAGCUAUGAGAAUAGCACAGAGAAAUUGUCAGUUAUUCUCUGGAUCAGUGAAACCUCAUACCGAAUAAACACAAGUAUUGACAUGAAACUAUGCUUGCCAGAGGAGGUGGCAAUUGGCUUCUCAGCGUCUACUGGUAGCUCCAUCGAGGUACACCGGGUUCUAUCAUGGUCAUUCAACUCAACCCUAGCAGGUAAGAGUUCGUCAACAUUGCUACCAGGAGCAGCUCCUGAAACUGUGAGCUCCAAAUCACAAGGAAAAGUACAGGCUACUAUAGCAUUUUCAGUUGCAAUAUUUUCUGUGUUGGUGUGUUCUUUCAUGGGUUUUCUUCUACGGAAGCAACGAGUGUGGAAGAAAGCAAAUCAAACCUCCGAUGGUGAGUUUGAAGAUGAAAAUGAUAAGGCUGAAUUCGAGAAAGGGGUUGGCCCUAGGAGGUACCAUUAUAGUGAGCUUGCUGCUGCGACAGGCAACUUUGCAGAAGAAAAGAAGCUAGGGAGAGGUGGAUUCGGCCAUGUUUACCAGGGCUGCCUGCGGAUUGAUGACAAGGAUCGCCAUGUUGCGAUAAAGAAGCUCUCUUCUGAAUCAUCUGUUCAAGGGAGGAAGGAGUUUGAGGCUGAGAUCAAGAUCAUAAGUCGGCUCAGGCAUCGGAACCUUGUCCAGUUAAUUGGGUGGUGUGACAGUUGCAAGGGGCUCUUGAUUGUCUAUGAGCUGGUAUCCGAAGGAAGUCUUGACAAGCAUAUAUAUAAUAGAGGCGGGCUGCUAAAAUGGCCUGAAAGGUACAAUAUCAUCAUUGGCCUCGGCUCUGCUCUGCGCUAUCUCCAUUCAGAGUGGGAGCAGAGCAUCGUGCACGGCGACAUCAAGCCAAGCAACAUCAUGCUCGACGCAUCAUACAACACCAAGCUGGGGGACUUUGGCUUGGCAAGGCUCGUGGACCAUGGAGCCAAGUCCGAGACAACCAAAGUCGUGAUGGGAACCGCCGGAUACAUCGAUCCUGAGCUUGUCAACACAAGAAGGCCGAGCACUGGGUCGGAUGUGUACAGCUUCGGCAUCGUCCUCCUGGAGGUGGUGUCUGGCCGGCACCCUGUGGCGGAGUCAGAGGACAAGUUCUUUGUGCUGCUGAGAUGGGUCUGGGACCUGCACAGCAAGAACACUAUACUUGAAGUGGUGGACAAGAGACUGAGGGAUGGUGCUGAGAUGGACGAGCGGCAGAUGGAGCGCGUGCUGGUCGUCGGGCUCUGGUGCGCUCACCCCGACCGGAGCGAGCGGCCGUCUAUGGCACAGGCGAUGCAUGUCCUGCAGUCCGAGGAUGCCAAGCUGCCGGAGCUUCGGCCGCAGAUGUACAGGGCUGAGCCUGUUCUUGCCAUGUUGGACUUGGAACAUGGUUACACCGAUCUGUCGGUGUGGACGUCCUCCAGUGGCUGCACUGCAGUUGGUUCUGAUGCAUAACCGAGUAACUGAUGCUACCUCCAGACUGGGCUCUCAUUGUGAAGUUGAUGCUUUCUAGGUAGACACGAAACAGAAUCAAUGUGUAACAUUUAAACAAUCACGCCCAGUUGGAAAAUCUGCUCUCUUUGUCUAGGAGUGAUUGAAUUCACAUAGCUUCCCACUAGUAUUAUUACACUUAGUUUCUCAUGGUUUCAUAUGUAAUAUGUGACUAGAAUGUUUUCCGUUUAAGGCUGCAGGAUGGUGAUCUUGAUUAAUCACCUAGAAAAGGGUUUUUAAAAGAUUUCAUCAUUUUCAGAGUCAAGCUAGGUUGAAAUAAUUUUAUUAAGCCCAAUUUCAUAUGCUUGAA